AUGCGGACGUUCACACCCUUAAAAACCCUUCAAACGGGGCCAAUCAAACGUUUAUAUACAAAGUUCUCGAGGGCUACAGUUUGCCAGUUUUCCACUCAGCAUGUACUCAGCAAGCCCUCAGGAGCAACCACAAAAUCCUCAAAUCCACAACUCAAAUUCCCCUGUCUAGACGCUUUGGAAAAAAAGACUCAGCAGUUGAAUUCGAAAACAACAUCCGCUUGCUCCUCAGAUCUGACCUCCCUAGAAAGCGGGCCAGAGCCUUCGUAUUCAUUUGUAUCAACAGGUUUUGAGGUUUUCAAAAGCACCGAACCCAUCUUUUUGGAUAACGGAGGUUAUUUGCCAGAAUACGAAAUCGCAUACGAAACUUGGGGUGAACUAUCGCCGCAAAAGGACAAUUUGAUCAUCAUUCAUACUGGGCUAUCCGCAUCCUCUCACGCGAGAUCACAACCGAAGAACACUAAACCGGGCUGGUGGGAGAACUUCAUUGGCCCAGGAAAGUACAUCGACACGGACAAGUACUUUGUCGUUUGCACAAAUGUAUUGGGAGGCUGCUACGGAUCUACCGGACCAUCCUCUCGAGACCCUGCCAAUAAUGAUUACUAUGCCACGCGGUUUCCCAUUAUCACAGUUAACGACAUGGUGAGGGCACAAAGGGAGCUAGUUCAUCGUGAAUUCGGUGUGAAGAAAAUUCAUGCUUCAGUAGGCGCGUCUAUGGGAGGCAUGCAAUCGUUGGCUUAUGCCAGAGAAUUUCCUAACGAAGUUGACAAGGUUGUCAGCAUUUCUGGGUGUGCCAGAUCUCAUCCAUACUCCAUCGCAUUGAGGCACUGUCAAAGACAGGUGUUGAUGAGCGAUCCCAACUGGAAGCGAGGCUUCUAUUACGACGGUGUUCCUCCACACAUUGGCAUGAAACUUGCUCGAGAAAUUGCAACAGUCACAUACCGCUCUGGUCCUGAAUGGGAAUCUCGUUUUGGACGGAACAGAGCUGAUUCUACCAAGCCACCAGCAUUUUGUGCUGACUUCUUGGUGGAGACAUAUUUGGACCACCAAGGUGAAAAGUUCUGCCUUGAAUAUGACGCCAACUCACUUUUAUACGUGCUGAAGGCCAUGGAUAUGUUUGACCUUGGUUACAACAGCUUUGUGAAAGCCAAGAAAAACAGGAGCGAAGCCGAAAGAAGAUUCUCAGACAAAAGCAUCGACAUGCCUUAUGAAAGUGUUCCCGAGGAGCCAUACCAGGAGAAGAUCAACAAGGCAACAACCACACCCCAGGAAGCUCUCGAGGAUUUAAAAAAGGGCUUUGAGAGAAUAGCCCACAAGCAAUUUUUGGUCAUAGGUGUCGAGUCGGAUAUAUUGUUUCCCGUGUGGCAGCAAAGAGAGAUUGCUGACGUGCUCAAAUCAUUUGACGGACCGCAAGAUAAUGUCACCUACUUCGAGUUGGGCAACGAUAUCAGCAAUUACGGUCAUGACACGUUCUUGUUAAGUUUGGACCACAUCGGCCCCCCCGUGAAGGAAUUUUUAAGCAAAUGA